AUUGGGCUCGGGAUAAUUGAAUUAAAAAGUAGACCAAGAAUUGUGAAAACAUGAUAUGGGCCUAUACAAGAUUGGCAUACCUGAAUUGAGGCCAUACAAGAAUGCUUUGGCACUGAGUUAGAUCUAUAUGGUUGCAAUUGGUUUAGGGAAGAAAAAUAUAGAAACACAGAGAAACUAGAGUGUGUUUGGAUAUUGAGAUUGAUAUAAAGGACAGUGUAUUUUCUAGAUCUGUCUAAACCUAAGACAAAGAAAAGACACAAAUUUUCUCUCUUUUUUUUGGAGGCUCAUGCAGUUGGGAGUGGAGCGGCUCGUUUUGCCUGCUGUUCCUAGUGUUGUAGACACAUGGACUGGUUCUUUUGGCUUUGUAAAGAUGACAGAGUUCGAGAGGUCGCAAUUCUUGGACAAUACUUUUUUAGAUUUUCAGGGUACCAUCAUGUGCCAGAAGCUGCUGAAGAUUCCAUCUUCAGAACCGGUUUUGUUAAUAGAGUCCCAACAAAGGACACAGCAUGUUUUGCCUGGAAACAAGUUAAAUUUUGACGGUGAUCUGAUAUCUGAAGUAUUACACCAAGCAGAAGAAACUGACAAACGAGAGAGAGAGAAUUCACAAAUCCACAAUAAUUGUGCUGGAAGCAAUGAUCAUUGCAGUAAUGGUGCCAUUGACAUUGAGCAAGUCACACCGGUGAAUAAACCAAGUCUUGAGGAUCAACAGUGGCAGAAUGAUCCACAGAGCUCUAUUGUAACACAAGCUGACAGUAAUAAUGGCUCACCAUAUAAGUGCUACUACAAAAGAAGGAAAUACACAAAGUUUUAGAAUUUAACGAGGUGGUUGGGAGUAUUUUCGUUUCAAAGUUAGGGGUACAAAAGUGUAAAUUUAGGUAACUAUGUGCAUUCCUUGCAUGGAUAAACAUGAGCCUCAUAGGUGCAAAAAAAUGCCACUUUUGAUUGGAUCUGGAAAUGUGAAAGUUUGACCAUGUUUCUCUCUAAGGAUGAAUAUAAUUAUUGGGAGUAAAGAAUGUAAAGAUGAAUAGGAGAGUCUUGUAAUCAAUGCUUUGUUUAUUACACACUCAAAUGUUCAAUAAGAGUUAUUAUUACUUAAUUUCAAAAAA